GAUACAGGGGAGGAGGCAGAGAGUGAAUGGAUGGGACUGUGGACGAUAAGGAUAUGCGGACCUAGUAGACAGCUUCGCUUUCUGGCCCCAAUGGAUCACCAGCGAAAGAGCAGCGGUUAAUUUUACGUUCUUUAUUCGUUUUGGUGGGCUACAGCCGGAGAGAAUGCCGGUGGAAUAAUUUGUUUUUAUCGCUGCCGGUAAAAAACCUUCUGUUCAUACAAAAAGUUCAAUUCGACCAUAACGGCGACAAUAAAAAAAAGAUGACAGAGGGCCGGCUGUGUCAGGUGCACCUCCUGGACGACAGGAAGCUGGACCUAAUGGUCCAGCCGAAGCUCUUGUCCCGGGAUCUGUUAGACUUGGUGUCCUCACACUUUAACCUGAAGGAGAAGGAGUAUUUUGGAAUAUCCUUCAUUGAUGACACCGGUCAGAGUAAAUGGCUCCAGCUGGAUCGCAGGGUCCUGGAUCAUGACUUCACUAAAAAGACUGGUCCACUGGAGCUCAAGUUCCUGGUCAGGUUUUAUAUUGAGAAGAUAACAUUUUUGAAAGAGAAUACAACAGUGGAGCUGUUUUUCCUAAAUGCCAAAUCGUCAGUCUUCAAUGAGAUCAUCGAAGUUGAGAGUGAAAAUGUUUUCAAAUUAGCUGCAUAUGCUUUGCAGGAGGCCAAAGGAGACUACACAAGUGUUGAAAGCUCCAGGUCGGACCUGAACAAGCUCCCGGUUUUACCCACUAGAGUCCUGAGGGAGCACCCCUCACUGGUAUACUGUGAAGACCGAGUGAUCGAGCACUAUGAGAACCUGAAGGGCCUCAGCAGAGGGCAAGCAAUUGUGCGGUAUUUGGCCUUAGUGGAGUCCCUCCCUACAUAUGGAGUUCAUUAUUAUCCAGUAAAGGACAAGCAGGGCCUGCCGUGGUGGCUGGGAGUCAGCUAUAAAGGCAUUGGACAGUACGAUUUAGAGGACAAGUUGAAACCUCGGAAGUUGUUUCAGUGGAAGCAGCUGGAGAAUUUGUAUUUCCGUGAGAAGAAAUUUGCUGUAGAGGUGAACGACCCUGACAGAAGGAUAGUUUCCAGGCGUACUUUCGGGCAGACUGGAUUGGUCAUUCACACGUGGUAUGCCAGCCACUCUCUGAUUAAGACCAUCUGGGUGAUGGCCAUCAGUCAGCAUCAGUUCUAUUUGGACAGGAAGCAGAGCAAAUCCAAAGUUACCACGGCCAGAAGUUUGGGUGACAUCGCCAUGGACCUGACGGAGAUUGGAGCGCCCAGGAUCAGUAAGCUGUCCAGCAUGGAGAGUAAAGACCAGCUCAUCAUGGCCAGCAACAGAUCCCUCAUCUCAGCAGGGUCAGGAGACUCUGAUGUGAGCGAGGAGUUAAAGAAGGAGAAGAUUGCUGACCUGAAGAAUAAAGAGAAGGACUUGCAGGACUCUCUGACUCAGAAACUAGAGGAGCUCAAGAAGAUCUGCCUGCGAGAAGCUGACCUGACAGGCAGGCUGCCUAAAGAGUACCCUCUGGACUCGGGUGAAAAGCCCCCCGCGGUGCGUCGGCGCAUGGGGACAGCCUUCAAACUGGACGACCUCUUCCCCUAUGAUGCGGAUCCCCAUCUCAGAAACCUGGAGAGCAUGUUUGCCCUGCAGCAGAAGAUCGUGGAAGCGGCCAAGAAACUAGCCAACGAGGCUGAGCUCUGUAAGACGGUGAAGAAGAAGAGGAGGAGGAACUGCCUGGACGCCAUGAGGAAGCUGCAGGAGAUUGAGGAGGAGAUCAACAAAUACAGGAUCAAGACGGGCAAAAAGCCCACCCAGAGAGCAUCAAUAAUCAUAGCAGAUGAUGUGAACCUUGCAGAACUCAGCUCACUGUCCGACAGUCUUACUCUGGACGAUGACGAGGAUCUGGGAGGCCAAAGGCAACAGUCCCAUUCUGUGCAGUACUCUCCCCGGCCCCACCACUCAGAAACCCUGAGCCUCCACUACCAGUCUGACCGACUGGCCUCAGCCCACGAGCAGUCCCAGGACCUCAGCCCCAACAACAGAUUAAAUUAUGGCAAAGUCCAGGAACCUUUCUACUACAAUCACCAAGAUGCCUUAUCGAGCCACAAGCCUGCCUCUGCACACAGCAUGCCUCCCACCCCCCUCCUCACCCGUAAUGCCUACAGCAGCAUCCAGUUCAGGUCAGAUGACGACCCCCAGCAUUUCCGCCAGCGGAGUGGCAGUCUGGAGUCCCAGUCUCAAGAGACCACACCCCCGGCGCCAGCGUUCGUCCCGUUCCGCCGCAGCAACAGCACAGAGGUCCUGGACGAUGGCUCAUCCUACACCAGCCAAUCCAGCGCGGAGUAUACAGUGCCUGGGAACCAUACCCACCGCCCCAGGGACCGCUGGCGUGGCAGGAAGGGCAACAUCUAUGCCAACACGGGCAGCAUGCCCAACUUGGCACAGGCUGAUGCCUGCUACAACACAUACCAGCCCCCCCGGGCACCACGACCCACCACCACGGCCUACUAUGUGACGGGCUACCCCAGCUACACAGAGCCAGAGCCCUACUCUAAUGGAGUCUACAUGUACAACAACGAGUUAGAGGGUCACUACAACGUUAACCCUUCAUACCACGCCGCGCCGGCCAACCACGGACAUGAUGUGUACAGCAGUCGCUAUGGUGACGACGAGAUGGACAGUAUGGCUCAGAACCCCUACGCCACCCUGAGGCCGCCCAGGAACCGUCAAGCUCUGCCCAGGACGGAACAUUUGACCAAGAACAUCCAGAAGGCGCUGGUGGCAGAGCACCUGAAAGGCUGGUACCAGCGCAAUGCAAGCCACAAGCAACCACAGACCUACGACUACAACCAGAUGGGUUCCCAGCAGAGCCUGGGUUACCAGACCAUGCCAGCUCCCUACAGCAGGAACACAUCCUACUCCUCAGUCUCGUCACAGCAGUCCUCCACAGAAGGAGGCUGGCGCGGUCACCUAGGAGGGGGUAUGUCAGAGUUCCACAUGCCCCUACCGGUGCAGCAGCCUUACCCCUCCUACGGCACCGCUCACUACAGCCAGCACGCCCACAACAGAUAUGGCUCCUCUUGCUCCUCCUACCAGCACUCUAAGGACUCUUGGUACAUCCCUGAUGGCCAGAGGUGCUGUGCCUUUGUCCCUGCUAGCUCUUUAUCCUCCACCACCUCUCCUCCUUUCCUUCCUCCUCCCCUGGCUGUGGGCUCCGGCUGGGCCCAGGGCCAGGGCUCCAGUCCCCUGCAGCAGCCCCACAGCUACAGAAGCCAGAGGCUUAGUAAAGUCUCCUUUGCUAAGUGUAGCCCACGAUAGUAGUAAGUAACCAGCUACCAGUCUGUCCUCAGCGUGACUUCAUUGCUUGCUUGUUUUUUUUAAAAGUGAGCUUAAACAAUGUCCUGCUCUGUGCUUUGGGCUUCUCUUUUUCAAUUAGUAUCAAAGCUGUUUGUUUGGGCCGUCUCUUUCUCCUUCUCUAUGAUAAGAGAACUGCAUGGCUUUUAUGAUUGUUGUUCAUUUCUGCCAUCUCUUUCAGCUGCCAUACCAAAUUGUCAUCCAGCGGUUACAUUUCUCUUAAGGGGUGUGCAUAGACAUACACCACUUAAACUGUCAGUUACCCCCGCUGUCUCCUCUCCCACCCCAUUAUCACUAUCACUGACCUUUGGCCCUCUCGUGCACAGAUGUCCCACAGCAGGGUAUGGGUGGAGGAGCUGUGAUAGACUGGUGCCGGGGCCAGCAGUGGCUACAGGGUCAUUAGAGAGGUUUGAUUCUGGUGCCUGUCAUGGUACUGAGUUCUGACCACCGAAAUUAAACACCCGCGCUAAAGAAAGGGUGAGAGAAGAAACAAACUACCGCCACAGAUUAUAUGGUGUUGGUGGUGACUCAUUUUGUGCGUGGCAGUAAAAAAACAACAACACAAGACUGCUUUGGUUGUCCUAGUACUCUUUACUCUAUGGUGGUGUACACUGGUGGUGGUGGGGGUGGUGGGGCAGCAGCUUUGGAAGUGGUGGUAUCUGUGGAAGAAGGCAAGUGACCCUGCAUUUUGGAUAUUUGAAUCCUGCGUGUGUUUGAUGCUUGUUGUUCAUCUGUCCAUCUGCUUUGUUUUAAGGUGUGUGAAUAGUUUAAUCCUGGUGGAACACACUAACUAACACCUGCCAUUUUGAAACUGGGAUAUAACUCUCUUAAAGGUGGAGUGUUCCAUUUAAUUUCUCCAGUGCUGUGUUCCAAUGAAGUAACAACCCAGGGUUAAAUUACUCAAAUAACUUCACCAGUGGAGAAGUCUCUUUUCUUGGAUUGUAUUAUCAGUUUUUUGUUGCUAGCCUAACCUGUAUACAUCCUGUAUGUG